CACAAGGUUUGGUUGGUAACAACAUUGACUGCAUCACCAAAGUUUCCCAACGUGGAUCUAUUUCAGUCCGGAAAAACCGAUUUCCGAAACUACGCAUGUACACCCCACCCACGCAUAUAUUAUCAACACAACGAGGAAAUUGGUCACUGGCAAGGCAAUCCUGGACUUAAACGGAUAUCGAUGAAGAUCAAACAAACGGUUUACUGGUUUGAUCUCUUUACCAGAAAUACGCGUCAAGUUGGAACACGUACAAUCGCAGGAAUCAAGAAUCUGGCUUUAUCUUUGGUAAAUUGUAGUGAGAAAGGAUUAACUCAGGCUUUGUAUUAAUUUCAUAUUAAUUUCAUCAGCCGGCAAUUGGAUCAUUCAGAAGUUGUAGGAUUUUACCACACAGCGUUGUAGUUCAAGAAACGUAUUGGAUUAACUGCGUCUCUUUUUAAGUGGACAAACAUGUUUAUAGUGCUUCUUGUUGCCGGCAUUCUCUACACGGCCCCUGAGAUUGCCGGCCUCCAACGGGUCAAGUGUUUCAAGGAUGAAUGUGUACGUGGAGUUCAGUAUUGCGUGGAGGAGAGACAACGAUGCUACAGUUGUGACGACGUCAAGCAACACUGCGGAACUGAAGAUAUGCCGUUACAGUGCGACGCCUUCUGUAAAGAAAUGGCGGCCUUGGAACGAGAAGGAAUGCAAAACGAAACAAUUAGAGAAAUUAUUAAAAAUUAUACGACAGAGUCCCAAAGUGACAAAAGAACAAUCGAGAUGCUUCAACAUGACGUCACUACAACCAACCAGUCUCUGCAGGAUGCAAAACGUUCCCUACAGCUUCUUCAGGCAAAGAACAACGACCUCAGGAACACGAUUGCAGCAAGGAACAACACCGUUAGAACACUUAGUGAUGACGUCAGCCAGCUGGAAGAGCGCAAUGAGGCCUUAAAGACUGACCUCACCAACAUGUCCUAUUUACAGACAAACUAUACAUUAAUGGCUGAACGACAGUCUGACCUGGAAGCACAACUGCAAGAUCAGAAGAUAGCGACAGCUGUGUUAUUGGUGAUCCUGGGGGUCAUUGUGAUCGUGUUGUGUAUAACCAUAUACAGAUGCCAGUUCCACAAGGGGGGUCAUGCAGAUACAGCUCCAGAGAAGAUGUCCCUAGUAAGUGACACCGACACCAAAACGUCCAUGAACAUUGAGGAGGAGGUCAAGGCCGACGUCUCGCUUCGCGACCAAGAAAGACAAGACAAUGUGUCGGAUGAUAGCGCCGUCUUCGCGGGAUCCUCAUCUGAGAGCGUGAACAUGCAGGGGGGCCCUCAGGACCACGCCCAUGACGACUCUCACGUUAGAGCCAAGAACCACCAUGCCCCGAGAUCCGUAUCUCCAGAUUCAUCCGACGACCGACGUAACGGCUUUAAUCAAGACACUCGUGGGAUAAACCCGACACCUGAUGAUGUGUCGGUUGAAAUAAGACUGGCGAUAGACAAGGAAUUCAGCACUGCAUAUAAGCAAGCAGCAAUACCAGAUAACGAAAUUUGGGCACAAGUAGCAUGAAACUAACACUGUCAUAAAACGAGACAUUGAACAAAUCCUUCUGGCUAAGAAGUCGGUUUGUUGGAUCGAGGUAGACAGAAAGACUUGUAGACACCACAAAGAGAUGUGUUUGAGCGGGCCAUGUUUGACCAGUUAUAACUACUUUAGGACAUUGCUCAGUGUCCUCUGCGCAACUCUAACUUACAUGUACCGAACGGUUUAGCGCCAUGCUUAAAUUUAAACUAUCGCCUACAUGCGACGGAGGCGGUCAUCAAAAGCGAAUUAGAUCAAAUUUUACAAGUAGCGUGUUGCUCACGCCAUGGUACUGCAAGUUGCACCUCAGUGUAUAUUGUGACCUGGUUGCGUGACGUCAUGUUCUGUACUGUUCUGUCACGCUGCACGUUACAAAUUGAGGGGUUACCUGAAUGCCUACAUUCCACGCCUCAGUAAUCCAGUCGUCUACAGUGACGCAAUUCACUGUGCAGAAUUUCUGCGUGCUAGAAUCCUAUGGUCAUGGGUAGAUCCCAGAUUGCCAGGAUUACGUUGAUAGGUUUGGCGGCACCAUGCCAUUGGUCUUGGGGUUCACCAACGUGAUAAACGUCUUUAUUAUAUACUUCAGUAUGAAAGAUUGAGUUUUCUGAAGUUGAGAAAAGUGAUUUUUCACUUCAGUGAACAUAACAUUUUGACGUGACUAUUGUCCUACAAGAGUUACCUCCCCUUAAAUUGUCUCCCUAUAUCGUAAGUGUGCGGCCUUUACACAAACGUCCAUUUUACGCGAGUUCCACUUUGACAAGGCAAAAUAAUGACAGAUUGUCAUUUCUGGAGUUAAUAUCACUUCUUGCAGUUUGUUAUUCUCUCGAAAAUGUUUCGUUAUAAACGGAAAUUUCUCAUUUAACUCAUCAAUCGAGAUUUCGUUUUGCAAAGCGCCAUUUUUUGUUACUUGACCAGCGUGUAUUCUUUCGCUUCCAACAGCGGUCUAGUUUUCAAGAAUAUUUUUGGUUAACGUUGAUUUUAUAUAUAAUCUUAAUAUAUAAUCAAGAAUUUUCGUGAUCCUAAAUGUUUUUUGAUACUUUUGGUAAUAUUUUUUAAGGUUUCGCAAAAAGGAAACUACUUUUUAAGUCGCAAAUACAAGGGGUGGUGAACCGUUUCAAUGUUUUACAUUUUUAAUGAAGUAAUUCAAUUUUCCGGUAGACAACCACACAAAAAAUAUGUAAUAUAAAGGAUAUUCCAUGUGUCUCGUGAAAUGCCAUGUUUCUCUGAUCUCGUGACUGGGAAAAGGAGAUAUUUUUACUCGUGGCUACGUCCACUCGUGAAAAUAUCUUUUACCCCCCUCACUCGAUGAUAGAAACAUUAUAUUUCACUCGACACAUGUAAUAUCCUCUAUAAGAACAGCAUUCGGACAAUGCCUAUUACAAUGUAGUUGUGGUAUGUUAUUUCCGAUGUAAACUUUGAGUUGUAAGUACUGUAUUUCAAAUGUGUCUGCUACGUUAAACCCCACCGUCGUAUCCGACCUAGGAAGGUUGUGUGCUAUCGUCACAUUCGUUAUAAAAAAUGUCAUUUAUUCAGUUAACUGCGGAUAGAUUAAAGUGUAACCCAGACUCACACCCUUUAAAAAACACACCAAAAUCAGCGACACCAAAGUAAACCUGUAAUACCAAAGAGAGUCAACCUCGUAAUGUGAGCAAUCCGUCCAGCGAAACGUCUAACGAAACUUCCCAUCAAACGUGAUAUUCCUCAUCAUUCAUGUACUCGGAUGAUCGAGUUGGAUUGCCAACAAGGGUACAAUGCGUCAAAAGCACACUUUUGGUGUCUAGCGUCGCGAUAUAGCUAAAAAAACAAUUCAUUCACAACGCGCCAUAAAUACAAAUUUACAAAUGGCUCUCCCCGAGAUUCGGUAUUAAUGCGUCAGUACUGGACGUACAUAUUAUGUUAUAAAUCGUCACUCCCAAAUAUUUAAUUAAAGAAGUUAUUGAAGGUAAACAAUGGUUUAGUCUAGAAAAGAGGAAAUAGUGAAAAGGGUGUAGGUAACGUGCCAAAUGACAUGUCAAAAUAAAGCUAUUAUCAUUUUCACAAUAUUGAUUACCCUUGACAACAAUUUCCAUCACGAGAGUUAAUAAAUUAGUGAUUUAGUCAUAAUGAUAUCUCAAAUAUAUAUAUA